UUGAGACUUGUUUAUAAACAGGAUGCCUCAACACUUGCUCACGCUACCACUUCUUCUGUGAUGAUGGCUGUUGCAUUGACAUCACACUGGCCUGCGAUGGAAUGGAGCAGUGUCCUGAUGGGUCGGACGAAGCUUUCUGUCAAAAUUUGAGCCUUGACCAGAAGAAGGUGACUCACACAGCAACUGCCCAGCCUAGAACCACAGGACAGAGCAAAGACACAGCAGGGGGCUCCUUAGCGGAGAAGUCCCAGAAAGCCACUGCCCCAGACCAGCCACCUGUGUCAUCACCCACAGAAAAGAGGAAUCAUUCUGCCUUCGGGGCACCAGAGAAUCAAGCUGAUCCUGUAAAACCAGGUAAGGACUUAAGGCAGGCUCUCCACAAAGAGACUCAUUUUCUUGGCUCAAAAUUAAGGUUGUGUUUGAAGAGUUGUUAAGGAACCAUCUUAAAG